CAUUAGCAAGAGAGAUUCUCAAUCUACCAGGGAUGCAGAUUUUCACCCAACCGCUUCAAAUUCGUCUGUUCCUGCAGCCAGUCCACCUUCGGUAAAGUUAAAUGUACCAUCUACACCUAAAACACAUGCACGGUGUUUGGCAUGCAAGAAACCAGGGUCUAAACUUAUAGUUAUUUCGGCACCUGCCCGAUUUGCUGCAUUUCUUCAUCAUAAUGUUAUAAUUCCUGCUGGAGCAAGAUGCUGUCCAAGUCACAUUGAAGAAAAAACAUGUAUGCUUAGACCAGAGUGUUUACGAAAUAUACCAGUUACAGAGCAAUCGUUUAUGAAAUAAACAACUAUUCUGAAUUUACUGAAGCAAAUGAGAGAAAUGUGCUGUAAGAAACAAAACAUAUUGGACUUUGACAAUAUAAAGGAUGAAGAAAUGAGAAAUCUAACUGGACUUAGUCUCGAACAGUUCAAUGAUUUAUUCUUACACAUAAAGGACAAAGUAAAAGCUACACCGGCAUGGACAAGUAGGACAUCGGUAGGGCUGCUUUUAUUAAAACUACGGUCCAGAAUGUCUAAUAAAUUGUUAGCAACACUUUUCAGGGUAAGUAAAUCAAGUGUGUGACGGGCUAUUAGGACUGUAAGGCAAGCACUGAUAAGGAGUUUUGUCCCUUUGUAUCUCGGACUUGAAAGUAUCACUAGAAAUACUAUUAUUUCACAACAUACAAGACUUCUUGCAAAACACUUAUUUGGUGCUGAAGAAGAUGAGAUGAUUCUGGUUUUAGACGGUACGUACAUUUGUGUUCAGAAAAGUGGCAGAGAAGAUCAUACAGCAUACACAAAGGUCGACCGUUAGUGAAACCUAUGGUUGUAGUGACAACAACUGGGUAUUUUGUUACCAUAGUAGGACCAUUCUUGCUGACAGUAAAAAUAAUGAGGCAGCAAUCUUAAAUCACAUGCUUCGUUCAAAUACGGAGGACAUAAGAAACUUUGUGAGAGAGAAAGAUAUAUUUGUUGUGGACCGAGGAUUUAGAGAUUCUGUUUCUUUGUUAGAAGAUCUCGGUUUACGAGCAGAGAUGCCAGCAUUCAUGACUAAAGGUGCAAAACAGAUGCCAGCAGAUGAUGCUAAUUCAAGUCGUAUGGUGACAAAGAUAAGAUGGGUUGUAGAGUCAGCUAAUGCGAGGAUCAAAGCUUGGAAAUACCUGGACCACGUGCUACCUACCAGUCAAGUACCAUAUAUUGGUGACUAUGUGCGUAUAGUAUGUGCAGUUUGUAACAAAUAUUUACCUCCUUUAAGUUUGGCAAAUCUUGAGGAAAGUGACAUUCAAUUAGCAACACAUAUGCGUCACUUGAGUUCUCAAGUAAACAUGCUUAAAACGUAUGUCGAGGAAAAUAAGUUAGAGCGCGGAAAUGCAAAAUGGUCUGCUGUAAAUGAUGAAGACUUAGACUAUUUCCCAAAACUCACAGAGGAGCAACUUAGAACCUUUACCUGCGGAGUAUACCAGUUACGGCUAAGUCCAAGUUAUAUACGGGAAUAUAUUGAUAGAGAUUCUGAUAUUUAUGUGCAUAAGGAAAAUGCAAAUCUUAUCGGUGUAAGAAUUCAGAGUCGUCACGUUUCGUCAAGAACAUACCUGUUGUGGUUACAAUUUACCGUGUCAGAGGUGACGGCGUGGUAUUGCAAAUGUCGCGCUGGGGCACAUGUUGUUGGUGUUUGUGCGCAUGUGGCUGCAAUUGUUUGGUACCUGAGUUAUGCGAGGUAUUUCAUCAAUCGGUACGGAGUUUGUGAUUAGGGAUUACAUUUGUCUGAUGCCAGUUAUUUACCAGAUCCAAUUGAUAGCUCUGAGACGGAAAGUGAGGCAAGUUGUAUUAAAGAGUAACUGCAGCGAACCAACAUUAUGUAGAACUUAGACCAUCCCUCAGUGUUAAAUGUUUGAUAUUUUUAAAACUUUUCAUCAGCAGAUUUUAUUGUGAUGUAUGAAUCAUGUUUUGUAACCAUGGUAGCGUUCAUUAUGUUCAUCCAGUCAACUUUCUUCUUUAAGUACGGAUAUAUUCUGUGUAUGAAUGUACACUUGUAUAUCAUUUAGUGUGUAAAACUGGAUGGUCAUUGAAAAAGGGUAAUAGCAACCAAUUUAUGUUAAAAUGAUCAUUUAUUAAAAAGUCAUAUUUUAACUGAUUACAUUCAAAAUGUUUCUGUAUAAUCAACUCAAAAGAAUUACAAACACUAUAUAACAACAUUGUACUGGAAGUUCUGUUUCUGUGGAAAUAACACUGAGAGUGCAUUCCAUAGAAAUAAUAAUAUAUUAACUUGUUCGCACAGUUUUUAAAACGUUUGCUUUUAAAAAAUCAACUGAAAAUUUGAAUAUUAGAAAUUUUGUAUUUCAAGGUAGUUGCUAUGGUAACCGUUCCAUGUCAUUUAUGCAAUUCUUAUUAAUAAGUAAUUACUUUUAUUUUGACUUGAAAAGUUCUAUCAUUUUAAAAAAUGAUUACGGUAGUUAAAUAUUUUUUUAAAUGUUUGAAUAUUAGAAAUUUUGUAUUUCAAGGUAGUUGCUAUGGUAACCGUUCCAUGUCAUAUAUGCAAUUCUUAUUAAUAAGUAAUUACUUUUAUUUUGACUUGAAAAGUUCUAUCAUUUUAAAAAAUGAUUACGGUAGUUAUUGUAACUGCUGUUUAAAUACAGUAAAAUAUAGGAAUUAGGUGACUGUUUCCAUGGUAACAGAUGUCAUUUUUGAUAGUUUUAUCUGUCAUAUUUUUACUUAUUAUUAGUUAAAACAAUUAUGUAUGAUAUUUUAGAAUACAAAAUGUGAAAAACAUAAUUUAUCUGAAAUAUCGCUAUUUAUUUGUAAAAUUUCAGAUUUCUAGAAAAUAAGAGUUAUCUCUCUUGUUUUUUCAUAUACGCAGGAGUGAAAACAUUUGAUUUUUGUUUCGUUUGGAAGUAUCAAUAUUUCUUAAAGGGAACAUGUCACUUUUGUUGUUAAUAAACUAACAUAAAUAAGAAUAAAAGGUAUUUCAUUUCAUAUACCCCCAUUUUAUAUUGAGUUUUUCUUUACUUAGAGCCAUGCCAAAAACUGUAUUUUUUUUAGAUUUUUGGGAAAUAUAUAUUGUU